GGACGGGUAUAAAAGGGCAGUGCACAAGUCUGGUUUGGAGAAGCUGACUUUGGGGCGCCUAUCUGUGCGGUAGUUUAAACCGCUUGUGCGAUUUGAAAAGUCUUGCCGCAAACAGGGCCAAGGCAACUUUUCACCAUGAGGGUGCUGUACCUCUUAGUCCUUCUUGUCCCAACUUGUGUUCUUGCACAGAGCUUCCUGCAGAGAGCCCUUUCCGACUUGGCCCAAGGCGGGCGGAAGGUUUGUCCAUACUGCCCGUACUGUGCGUACGCCUCGCGGUGCGGCGGUAGAUGCACGCGGCCUGAGUGUGCUGCCUGUGGGUAUCGCUUCCACUGUUCGUCCACGUGCGUGACGCUGUGUCUGCAGCCCGAGACUACCACGCCCCGUUCUACCACUACCACCACAACUACCACCGAGGCUACAACGCCGCCAACAAGCACAACUCAAGAGCCAACAACGACGCUUCCAGUGUCCACUUCCCCCGGGCCUUCCACCAGUCCGAACCCGUCGACUGCGCCUCCGAGUUCCUCCCCCGACCCGUCUGCGUCACCGUCGUCCCCUCCCGACCCGUCGGCUUCCCCGUCGUCGCCACCCGACCCGACCGCCGCAUCACCGACGCCUCCCGACGAAGACUCGGGCUGCGAAGAGCGAGGAGGGUACUGCGAAGAGCGGGACUACUCCUGCCCUGGUCGCUACGUCUUCCACGGCGGUCUUUGCGCCGACCGGCCUGGACGAGUCUGCUGCCUGCCCCACGAGGAGCCCCUGUGCCGAGAGAAGGGCGGCGUCUGCCGGAGCGACGCGCGGUCCUGCCCGAGAGGGUACCACGAGGGAGGCGGAAGCUGUACGGGGCCUAGCAACAAAAACAAGCGAUGCUGUCUACCAGACCCCACCACCCCGGCUGCUACCACCCAGAUGCCGUCCACAACUAAACCUGCAUCUACUCCACCCGCUACUACUACUCCUAAAGCAACGCCUCCUCCGCCUUCAAAAUGCAGUAAACUGAAAAUGGUCAGCCGGGGAGGUUGGGGCGCCAGACCGCCGAAGAAACGCACCUUAUUCGCCAAUCCUCCGAGCAGGGUUGUCAUUCAUCACAGUGACGGUUAUCUAAGACAUCUGUUCAGCUGGAGCUAUUCCAGCGUGGCUGACUACAGGGAAAGAGUACAAGAUAUCCAAGAGGGCCACUUCGACAGAGGUUUCGACGACAUCGGCUACAACUUCCUCAUCGACGGCUUCGGCAACGUGUACGAAGGGCGUGGCUGGGACUACAGUGGCGCUCAUGUCCCGUGCUGUAACAGUUUCGCACUCGGUAUCAACUUCCUCGGCUACUUCGACAGCAGAACGCCCACCGCAGCGGCUCGGGAGGCCGGGGAAAAUCUGAUCGCCUGCGGAGUGGAGAUGGGGAAAAUACGGCAGGGAUACGACCUGAAGUGCCACCUGGACCUUGGGGCGGCCAGUGGAGAUACGGACUGUCCCGGUGCAGCUCUUUGCCGAUACGCUAGGAGGCAUUAUAGUGGUCUAUAGAGUUAAAUGAAUGGUCAUGUGUUGCCAUUUCAAGUUUGACAGUAAUGUGUGUGUGUUGAGGUCAAAAUUCAGUUUGUAUUUGGCCGCGAUAUGUGGUAUUUGUAUUUUUAAGAUUCUGGUACAGGAUAUGUGUUUUGUGCAGGUGUGCAGAUUUGUUUUAAAAUGUAUCAGAGAUCACACUGUCCGCUCAACAUUAACUGUAGUCAACAUUAACAGACGGAUACUACACUAUUUUCUUCAUUCCUAAUUAAUAUUCUCUUACUGUGUGUUGUCUGUGCAUUGUUUUACUUUAAAACGUCUUGCUGUCCUUUGAAUGCAUAUAUGCAGAAAUGAGAUCCAGAUUUAAAAUUACUACUACAUGUACUUCUAGCACGAGAGGGAUAGCUGUCACAUACUCUAUUUCACAAUGAAUUAAUUUUCAGAUUUCAUAAUCAUUAUGCUAGUUGCCUUUUAUUGAAAAAAUUAAGGACAUACUAUUAAAAUGAAACACUCCACAACCCUU